GCCGCAGCACGGGGAAGCCAUCUUACUGUCUCCCGGGAAGAUGACCGGGAAGUCUGUUCGGGACGUGGAGCGGUACCAGGCCGUGCUUUCUGAGCUGCUGCUGAGGGAAGAGAACAAGUUCUGCGCGGACUGCCAUUCUAAAGGACCAAGAUGGGCCUCUUGGAAUAUUGGGGUAUUUGUGUGCAUCCGCUGUGCAGGUGUCCACAGGAACCUUGGAGUCCACAUCUCACGUGUGAAAUCUGUGAAUCUGGACCAGUGGACUCAGGAACAGAUACAGUGUAUGGAAGAGAUGGGAAAUGGGAAAGCAAAACGACUGUACGAAGCAUUCUUACCGGAUAGUUUUAUCCGACCACAAACAGACCAAGCAGUCGAAACAUUUAUCAGAGACAAAUAUGAAAAGAAGAAGUACAUGGAUCGCAGUGUAGACAUCAGUGCGUUUAGAAAAGAGAGAGAAACUAAGUGGAAGAAAUCUGAAUCUGCACCAGAAAUCAAAUCGGAGCCGGUCAUAUUUGAGAAGGUAAAGUUGCCUCCUAAAAAAGAUGACUCUCAUCUUGCUAAAAGCUCUCCACAAAGAACAGCAGAGCCUGUCAUGGACCUCCUAGGCCUUGAUGCACCAGUGGCCACUACUGUUCCCAAUGGAAAGUCAAAUACCAGCUUGGAAAAAGAACUAGAUCUUUUUGGCUCCACUUGCUUGACCAGCUCAAAGACCAACCAGACUGUCAGCUCCAUGCCAGUCACUGGCUCAGGAUCUGUCCCAGAGAACCUUAACUUGUUUCCAGAAUCUGGUGGGAAAGCAGAAGAAGGAACAAAGAAGCAACUCUCAAAGGACUCAAUCCUUUCUCUGUAUGGGCCUCAGAAUCCCCAGAUUCCAGCUCAAGGAGCUCUUUUCAUGGCACCAGCUCAGAUGCCAUACCCAAGUGCUUACACUGGCUUUCCAGCAGUUCCGUCUUCUAGUGGUGUUAUGGGUGGUAUGAUGGCGUCACCAUUAGGAAUCAUGACUCAACCAGCACACCCAGGUGUAGUUGCCCCUAUGGCUGUUCCAGCAGGAUAUGUCGGUGGAAUGCAAGCAGCAGUCAUGGGUGUCCCAAAUGGAAUGAUGGGGCAACAUGCAGGCUACGUAACUGGCAUGGGUGCUGUUGCUCAACCAAUGUAUGGCAUGCAACCCGGACAGCAAUUACAGUGGAAUGUCACUCAGGUGUCCCAACAGAUGGCAGGGAUGACCUUUUUUGGUGUAGGAGGCAUGGCGGGAUAUGGACAGCCUACAGCUAACCAGGGACCUAACCAGAGCCUCAGCACACCAAUGUGGAAAUGAAAAUAAAGAAACUCAUUUCCCAGUGAACUCUUGCUCCCCUCACUUUUCCAGCCAAGCUGGUCUUUUUCGGGUGGUAAAUGAGCAUCUUCUUUCACCUAAGUCUUUCUAAGGUUCAUCCUACUUAUAUUGCAGUCAGUCUUUCCCAUACUUUUACAGGGACACCCUGGUCCUUUAAAGCUACUGUUACCGGUAUAUUUUAGAAUUUCUGAGAAUUGUCUACAGUUAGACUUGUAGAUGAGCUUCAUAACGUGAAGAACCACAUCAAGGAUAUGGUUAUUCCGGCAACAAGAGAUGGGUCCAGUUAUGUGUGCUGCUACCAGCUAAAUACAAAUGGGCACAUGACUGGAGAGACCUGUGUUCCAAUCCACACCAGCAAGCCUCUUCAGGUCUGCAGCCACUAUGUAUCUCACCUCUGUGCAGCAACUGGAAUAGCAUGGUAGCCAUAGUUGUGAAAUGGGUGGGAAGGCUUAUUCUUUUCUCCAUAUCUAACUUUUAACUGUUUCAUAAGUGAGGGUUUCUUUGAAAGUGGAGUAAUGAAAGUAGGUAAAUGCAAAUUUAAGGCUUGUUCACACCUGCAUUGGUGGCUCCGUUACAAGUUUCAUCAAAAAGACAGGACAAAAAAAGUCCUGCAUGCAGAAUAUUUUUUUUGACCUCCAGAAAAACAGGAUCCCAAAAGGAAACUCUGCAGACUCCAUUAUACUCGGUGGAGUUUGUUCAGUGCUGCUCAUCUCAGUUAUGUGCCGAAUCCUGCAUUUACAUUUUUGGAAUAUAUAGUGGCGGCGUAGGCUCGCCCUAAUCUAAAUUUAACCUAGUUAAGGGGCUUGUCCCAUCUGGACAUUUUUGGUAUAUGCACAGGGUAUGCCAUAUGGGACAACUUCUUUUUAAAAGGCAUCUGUCAGCAGAUUUGUAUGGAUGAAACUGGCUGUUACAUGUGCAUUUGACAGCAGAAGACAUCUGUUCAUACGUGCCCACAUUGCUAAGAGAUUCAAUUUUAAUAUAUACAAGUGAGCAUCUAGGAGCAACAAGAGCAUUGCCAUUACACCUCGAGGCUCUGCUCUCUCGGCAACUGCCGUGCCCUCUGCACUUUGACAAGACCAGGCAGUGAAAGUAUCAGGCCUGACCUUGUCUAUCAAAGUGCAAAGCGCGCAGCAGUUGCCGAGAGGCCCUAGGUGUAACAGUAAUGCCCCCGUUGAUCCUAGAGGCUCACUUGCAUAUAUUAAAAAAUCAUAUAUCUCAGUAAUGUGGACACAUAUGGACAUGGGACCAGCACAGAUGCCUUCAGCUGCCAAGUGCACAUGUAACAGGUCAGCCAACUUCAUAAGUAUAAAUCUGCUGACGCCAAUGUUACCGUCGCCAAUUAUAUAGAUAACAUUGCUUGGAAAAUAGAUUUAAAGGGGUUAUCCAAUCCCCCAAAAAUGCCCCCUGCCCCAUAUGCUGGGCCCCCACGCUGAAUAUAUUUACCCGGGUCCCUGCGCCACUCCUGGUCCCCGCACCACCACUGCGGUUUCUCCUCGUGCAUGGAUGAAAACACCCGGUUUCGGAGGGGAGCAGCCAAUGUAAGACUGGGAUGAGCCUCCCUAGUGUCACCUGCAAUGCUAGGGAGGCUCGCCAUUGGCUGCUCCCCCAAUCUCCCCUCCCCCCAAGCUGGAUGUUUUAAUCCGUGCACGGGGAGAAGUGGGGACUCUGGUGGAGGGCUUUUUUUUAGAAUUGUAUAACCGCUUUAAAAGUUGUAUAUUUUAUAUUAUGUGUCAUUUAUUUCCUGUAAUGUUACAAUAUAUAUCCAGUGUGGAAUACCUGUUAUACCCCCCUUAGCACAUGGCAUUGAUAUAGUUUGCUGAAUAGUCUUAUAAGGACAUACAGAAACUUGCUCCACUUUUAUAACUACCCCCAUUGUGCUACAUUCCCUAAAAUUAUUUUAACCAUUCUGCUGGUGUGCAGUGUACAAGGAUGAUUUCUUUGAUGGCAGGGACUGGAGUGUCAAAAUCUCAUAUUGGCGUACACUUGACUAGUACUUGUAGACCUUCACAGUGCAUCCAUUAGUGCAUGGGCCAUGUUUUAUCAGAUUAUAAGAACAUGUGGGAGAAAUUGUUAUGUAGGUUUGUAUCCUCUACGGGUCAGGCCUAAUUGUUAGGGUACUUUCACAUUAGCGGCAGGGGAGUCCGGCAGGCUGUUCCGUCGGGUGAACAGCCUCUCUGAUCCAUCCUGCCGCUAGUUCACAUGUGCCCCCGAACUGCAGCUCUGUCUCCAUUGACUAUAAUGGGGGCGGAGUUCCGGAGGCAGCUUGGUAGCGCACGGCAAGAUGCAGCCAGACUAAAACUACGACAUGCAGUACUUUUAGUCCGGCUGCCUCUCGCCGUGCACUGCCGUUCUGCCACCGAAACUUCGCUCCCAUUAUAGUCAAUGGGGACGGAGCGGUAGUCCGGGGGUGCACGUGAACUAGCGGCAGGAUGGAUCCGACAGGCUGUUCAUCCGCCAGAACAGCUUGAUGGACUCCCCUGGCGCUAGUGUGAAACUAGCCUUUAGACUUUUAUUGCCAUUGUGUUUCUCUGUUUGUAGUGUUUUAAUGGAAUCUGGUGCUGUUCAUAUCCAUUCCUUCGGGAAGCUUUCAUGUUUGUCCCCUAAUGGCAAACCUUGUCACAUUUUACACAUCAUACUUGCACAUUACUUGCCAUAUGUUUUAUGGAUGUGUUGACAUGAUUAUAUUUACGAAGAGAAAUGUCUGCCUUAAGAAUAUGUAUUCGCAAAUGACGUGAUGGUUUGCCUGCUUAGGAAAAUGAUACAUUAGCUUGCGACACAUAAUCUGUUUGCACACAGCCAUUCUCUAUGUUCAGAACAUUUUAUAGCCAUAUGCACUGACAUCUUGUUUUAUUUAGUUUUUAUAUUCUUUUAUAUAUUCUAGAGUGAUGUCAUACACUUAUGUUUUAAGGCUAUGUGGGCUGCCGUGCACUAGCAUAUUUUCCUCCUUUCUGAUGGCUUAAAGGGGUUUUCGAGGUUAAAAAAAGAAAAAGAAAACAUGGCUAUUUCCAGAAACUGCACCACCCCUGCCCACAGGCUGUAUGGGGUAUUGCAUGUCAGCUCUAUUUACUUCAGUAGAUCUGAGGGGCAGUAUCCGACACAGCCUGUGGACAGGGGUGGCACUGUUUUUGCAUAAAAGCAGUCAUACAUUUGUAAUCCUGGUUAACCCCUGAAUCUGCACAUUCCAGCACACUGUCAUUGAACUGAAAGGGUGUGUGCAUGGGCUGGCUUUUUUAUUCUUUUAUUCUGCUUUAGAGAUUAUCCUUGUAGACCUGUAAAGCUUUAGGCUGGUUUCAGAUGGCCUUGUGCAGUCUGAGAAUAAUAGUCCAUGCAACAGCCUUGCAGACCUAACCUCGCUGCAUUCUAGUGAUCUAUGGCGCUAUGAGUUCCAGCCUGACCCUGGGUCUACUGUGCCACUCUCACAGCAUCAUUUGAGUACAGGACAGUGGAGCUGUAAUCGGGCUGGAACCCAGGGCAUUACAGAUCACUAUCCCUCGUCUGUUCUGGAAAUGCCGCCAUCACAUGGACUGUUUUUCCCAGACUACAAAAGGCAGUGUAAAACUGGCUUUAGUUGAUUUGACGUGUGUGCUCAUAUUGCAUAUGUUCCCUUCUUCAUACACACAUCUAAACCUCUCCUAUAUUUAAAGAGGUUUUCCAACAAUACAUACUUAACUCCUAUCCACAGUGUCUAUGGGACUUCUGAAAAUAGGUGUAAUCGGCUAUCUCUGGCAGUCUCAUAGAGAGUGGCAGCUCGCAUGCUCGACUUGCCAAUCCAUUCGGGUGAGCAGGACCCAUGUUCAAUGGGUGUCACAGUUUUUGGACCUUCACUGAUGAGAUAUUUAUCCCCUAGCUUGUGCAUACGGGAUACGUUUGUAUUACCGGAAAACGUCCUUAGGCUAAAUGCAAUGAGAAUUUGAUAUUCUCAAUGCACACGAUGCGGAUGCAGCAUGUCAAUUUAUUUUAUUUUUCCUGACCGGAUUUUCUUCAUUCACUUAGUAAAAUCUGCAUGCGGAAAAUCCGCACCAAUUGAUGCGGAUUGACCGCACAGAUUUCCCUGUGAACACCUGCAGAUUUCAGUGCAGAUUCUCCGCACAUGAAUCCUUAACGUGUGCGUGUACCCUAAAUGUUUCUUGAAGAAUUUAGUACUUUGUGCUCAGAUAUGUUGGGAAAUGCUAUUACUGUGACCCAAACAUUUGAGACACUGCUUUGAACCCUUUAAGGAGAAGAAAUAUUGUUAGGCUACCUUCACACAUGCAGUUUUUGAUGCUGCUUUUCUUUUUUUUUUUACCCAAAUUGGUAUAAAAAAAGAAAAGAAAAAAAGUGUAUAUGAAGGACUUGUACUUUUCUCUUUUGAAAACCUGUGUGAAUCCAUUCUCAAAUGGAGCCUGUCAACCCCUUUCUUAGUGACACACAUGCUUUUUAAUCUUGUACAAUUUACAGUUUAUCCGAUGCUGUGCUACCUGAUUGACAGAUCUCUCCCUAUGCACAGUAUUUGGGACAAAUCUGUAAAUCAGCGGCAGGGGCCAACAGCUCAUGAAUAUGCCGGAUUUCUGGCUCAUGGACUGGCUACACGCAGCAACAAAUAAAGGAGAAAGUUCUAUAAAACGAAAACACGUCCACCUGUACACGACUAACAAGUGGACAGGUUCCCAUCUAAGAAUACUGAAGGACUCCCUAAUUAUUGAAGGGGCUUUCCUGAGGACAGGUCAUCAAUAACUGAUCGGUAGGGGUCCGACUCCAGGCACAAUCGGCUGCUUAAAGAGGCUGUAGUGUUCCUUUGAACACCAAGGGUUCUUCAAACAGCUGAUCUGCAGGGAUGCUGGGUGUUGAACCCCCACCGAUCAGAUAUUGAUAACCGUUCUUGAGGAUAGGUCAUUAAUAUAGGAAUCCCGGAGAACCCUUUUAAAUCAAUGGGAUACUUCAGUUUCUGCCUGUUUCCAGAAAAACCCUCUUAAAUCAAUGGGAUUUUUGCCAAUAUCCAUAGAUGGGCAGCACAAAGACACUCCUAUACAAUACCUCUGUGCGAUUUCGAAGAGCAGAAGUGUAUGACAGCUUGGUAAAGUUGCACCCUUGAGUACCUGCGUAGGUUGUUAGAAAUACAAGGUUUUUAUAUUUUUUAGUGAACCCCUAUGUGCAGAACUGGUCGUCUUGAACAAAACUAGCAGUGAAUGUAACUGGGGCUAGACACACCUAGGGUCGAUUUGUAUGAGCCAUUACGUGGCCCAAAGGUCCCUGGCACACCUUGUCCUGUAACUUGUUCCAAAACCACAUGGUGCAUAUGUGACUUUUUUUUUUUUCUUUUCUUUUUUGAAGCGGACUACAAGACUUGCAGGCGUUAUGUCCUUGUAGGAUAGACUGAUAGUUGGCUGUUUGCAUGUUGGUUUCCCAGGAAAAGCAGGGUUUUUAGCAUGUCAGGCCUCUAGAUGAUUACCGUUUUUGUAGUGUAUUUUUCGCUAAUCAGCUGAACCAAAUUCUUCAAACAAAAGGUCUCCAUUUACCAUAUGUGCUGGGAAAAAAAUUCCAUAUUACGAAUGUGAAAUAUUUGCACUUUCUGUAGCUUUAACAUAUGUUUAUAUUGUUUUUUUUCUGUAGCUUUAACAUGUUUAUAUUUUGCUAACUUUGUGUUUUUUUUUUUUUUUGUUUUGUUUGUGUGUGUAACUUGUCAGAGUUGUUUUCUUCUGGCAAUGAGUUAAAGGAAAUUUUAAUUUAACCUAUCUUACAAUGAGCAUUUAAGUUAUAAACAUAUCUAAUGCAGAUAGUCUUGAAGGUAUAGAACAUUAUUUUCUAUCAGUCUGAAUUUAUACUUUACAAAUGUUUCUAUUAUAAUUUUUUUUUUUGUAACUGAUUGUAAAGGAAAUUUGUUUCUUGUGUAUUUGAUUCUUGUUCAUUUGAAGGAGGAUAUCAUAUACAGAGGCAGCUACACAUCUGUGUAUAUGUACAUUCCAAAUAAAAAAAAUGGUCAUUAAACAUUGAAAUGGC